AUAAACAGAAUCAGCUGCAAUGGCAGUACGGUAAGUACCUUACCCAAUACAUCCUUAACCCUAAAUUAUCCACCACCACCACCCUAUCCCUCUGAUCAAUCUCAAUUCUCAAAACCAUCAAUCCCAUCUCCACCCAAAAGAAAGAUAAAAACUUGUGAUUUUAUUUUCCGUGAUUUGCGCCAAAAUCACCCCUUUGGUCUUCAUCCAAUGGACAGCAACCAACAAGCUCAGUCCUCUUCAUAUCCACCUCAGCCACCCACUUCUGCCAUAACCCAUGCUCCUUCGUCUACCACCGCCAUGGCCACUCCUCCUUUCCACCACCACCACCUCCUCCAGCAGCAGCAGCAACAGCUCCAAGUGUUCUGGACUUACCAACGCCAAGAAAUCGAGCAAGUCAACGACUUCAAGAACCACCAACUCCCUCUCGCCCGCAUCAAGAAGAUCAUGAAAGCCGAUGAAGACGUCCGCAUGAUCUCCGCUGAGGCCCCCAUUCUCUUCGCCAAAGCUUGCGAGCUUUUCAUUUUGGAACUCACAAUCCGCUCUUGGCUUCACGCCGAGGAGAACAAACGACGGACGCUUCAGAAAAACGACAUCGCUGCUGCGAUUACCAGGACCGACAUUUUCGAUUUUUUGGUCGAUACUGUGCCGAGGGACGAGAUCAAGGACGAGCCUAGUUUGGGUGGGAUGGUGGGGGCCACCGCGAGUGGGGUCCCCUACUAUUAUCCUCCCAUGGGUCAGCCUGCUGGACCUGGUGGGAUGAUGAUAGGGAGGCCUGCCGUCGACCCCACUGGCGGUGUUUAUGUUCAGCCUCCUUCGCAGGCUUGGCAGAGCGUUUGGCAGACGGCGGGGGCUGAGGAUGGGUCGUAUGGGAGUGGAGCUAGCAGUGGUCAGGGGAACCUUGACGGACAAGGCUAAGCAACCAUUGAUCCAAUAUGGUGCUUGAUGGUCUGGCAUCCGUGUAGAGCUCGGGUGAUCUCCUUGUAAUUUCACUUGAUUAUGAUUUUAUGAAUGCACCUGUCUGCUAUUGUUUAUGGAAAGCUACUCUUAAUGUGAUGACUUCUUUAGAAACGUCUCAAAUCCUUAACUUAGUGCAGUGAAACAAUUGCUUGCUGCCAUGACUUGCCUAAUCAUAUCUCAGGUGCAGUUCUGGGUUGAUUAUCAUCUCGUUGUGUUCUAAAGGAUUCUGUUUAUCUUACAUUUUCAUAUGAAUGGACAUCUUAAAUUUUCCCAUCCUUUCUUUUAUCGAUGACAAUUCUUUUCUUUUUUUUUUCCUCAUUGUAAGGCUUGAGUCCUUUGAAGAAUCAUAUAUGUUUAUAUAAAUAUCAUUGUAUCAUGACCUAAAUUCUGCUUUUGUUCUUUAUCAAA